AUGUCAAAUCGCCCACACUUCAAAAGAAAAGCGGCGAGUAGCCUUCAAAUACCACGCGCUGUCGAUUGGAUAAAAGGACCAAAAAAAUUCCAAAACGGCAAAAGAGUGGAGAGAGAGAGUAAAGAAGAGAGUGAUACGGCCCUGACUCACCCUCUUAUAGGUGGAGUGGUGGCAGGGCCGAGUGGGUCACGUGACCCAAAGUACGGAUGGACCCAAAACAAAUAA